CUUACGCAUGUAACCAACUUGUAUGUUACUCGAAGUUAUCUUUAAUUACACAUACUAAAGUGGAGUAUGUGCAGAUCUAACAUAGAUAGUAGUAACGUGCGGAUAUCUGCAUAGGAGAAAUUCUAUAUAUGUAAAAUGAUUGAGAACUUGAUUUUAAUUGUUCACAUAAAAAGUAUAGAAUAUAUAUAAUAUGGUAAUAUUCAAAAAGGAAAACAGAGUAGAUAAAAUGAAUUGGGAUGAAAUGACAACGACAAUGUGUUGUGUCACUGUGACUAACGGUUUCUCCUCUUUACCGUCCUAAAUUCUCCGAAAGCUUUGGCGCCAAAAUCUCAUCCUUCCAAACAGAACACACAAGGAAGAAGAAAAUCAUUAAUCACAUCAAACAAACCCAGCAAAAGCCAAAAAAAGAAAAUUACAGCCACAUUAUUCAAGAACACAUCAAAACCCAGAAAAGAAAAAAAAAAUCAGCAAUUUAAUUUCAGAGAUUAUUAAAAAAACACACUCACUCAAAGUGUGUGACACAAUUAAUUGAUAUAUAUAUCAUAUAUAUAUAUAUAAGAAUAUAUAUAUCAAUGAAUGAAUGUCUUCCUCUUGUGGAGAUGCCAACGUCGAAAUGACCAAAGACGACACCGACAUCACACAUGAUAACUCUGUCAAGAAUGACAAGAAAAAGAAGGUAUUUUAUUUAUGUAUUUAUUUAUUUAUUUCUAGUUUUCAUUUUGUUUUAUUUAUUUAUUUUGUUUUUUUUCCCCAUGUUUUUGUAUGAAGUCUAUCAUUCCUAGGCUUUUUGGUGUAAAGAGAACAGGACGCGAAGGCUCAGACGAAGACAUAUUCAAAUCAGAUGGGGAUGGCAUUGAUUAUCAUCUAGAUUUGGAGAAAAAGAUUGCUGCUAGGAGACAAGCUUUCAUGGAGGCAACUCCUAUCAUGAGAAAGAAUUUUUCAGAUAGGCAGGCUAGUCCGGGGAUUCAAAGCCUAAACCUAUCAAACUUUGAACACUCUAUGGCGCCAGCAACUGAGACUAAAGAAUUCAGGAUAUUUGUGGCGACAUGGAAUGUGGGAGGAAAGUCACCUAACAAUGGCCUCAACCUCCAAGAUUUCUUGCAGGUGGAGGGCUCUUCGGACGUCUAUGUGUUAGGGUUUCAGGAAAUUGUUCCUCUAAGUGCUGGAAAUGUUCUAGUGAUUGAGGACAAUGAACCAGCAGCAAAAUGGCUAGCCCUCAUAAACCAAGCACUGAAUAAACCCCAAAACGCAUGCUCCAAUGUGCAUUCUUCUUCAGAUUCAUCAAACCAGGGUUCCAACAACAACACCACCAAGGAAUCCAAGUCCCCAGGCAGUCUCAACAUCUUCCAGAAGCCUUCUCUAAAAGCUCUCAGAAAAAGCUUCAAAGCAAACAGUAGCCUUCUCAAGUCUUGCAACUGCCCUGUGGAGUAUCCAUACCAAGAAAGGCGGCGGAUAAGAAAGCUCAGUGAUACUACCAGUGAAUCAGACUCAGCAGCUUCUCCUCGAAGCAUUUAUGGCAGUGAUGGUAGUGUAGAUGAAUUUCUUGCAAUAGCUGGGAUUCAGUCCCCGUCUUCCUCUGGCGACAUGAAUUACCGCCUUGUAACAAGCAAGAAGAUGGUAGGGAUUUUCCUAUCGGUUUGGGUUCGAAAAGAGUUGGUUCAUCACAUUGGCCAUCUCAGAGUCUCCACUGUAGGAAGAGGAAUAAUGGGUUGCCUCGGAAAUAAGGGAUGCAUAUCAAUAAGCAUGACAUUGCACCAAACAAGCUUUUGCUUCGUGUGCUGUCACUUGGCUUCCGGGGAGAAGGAAGGUGAUGAGCUCAAGAGGAACGCAGAUGUGACUGAGAUCCUCAAAAGCACACAAUUUCCCAAGAUCUGCAAGAAUCCAAAUCGUCGUCCUUGUGAAAGAAUAACUGAUCAUGAUCGGAUGAUAUGGCUUGGAGAUUUGAAUUAUCGGAUGGCUUUGAGCUAUGAGGAAACAAGGGUUUUGUUGGAGGAUAAUGACUGGGACACCCUUCUAGAGAAGGAUCAGUUGAAUAUAGAGAGAGAGGCCGGGAGAGUAUUCAGUGGGUUCAAAGAGGGGCAAAUCUUCUUUGCCCCCACUUACAAGUAUUCUCAAAAUUCAGACUCUUACGCCGGAGAAACUGCCAAGUCCAAGAAGAAACGACGAACUCCUGCAUGGUGUGAUAGGAUACUAUGGCGCGGUGAGGGCUUUGAACAAUUAUCUUAUAUUCGAGGGGAGUCAAGAUUCUCAGACCACAGGCCUGUUUGUGCUGUGUUCUCAGUGGAAGUUGAUGUUCUUAGAAGCAAAAACAACAGAUUCAGAAAGGGCUAUUCGUGUACCGCUCCAAGGCUUGAAUAUGAUGAAUGCAUGCCUCAGAGACAUAGCUUCUACGAGUUUUAGUAGAAACAUAUCCAUCAGAAUAUUGUAUAGGGACUCUUUAGGAUUAAUUACUUGCCUCCCUCUUCAACUCUCCUUUUGUUCUUCUUUUUUUAAUUAUGAUUAGUGAAAACAAGAUAGAACAA